CAGAAGUUUGAAUCAGGCUCGGGGGUUUUCUGCAGCCGGCGGGGCAGCGCGGCGGACAGAGCCUCUGAGAGCGCGAGCAGCAGCGCCCCCACGACCCAGCCCGCCAGCCUGGAGCCCGGCCUGCCCACGGCCGCAAGCCCGCCGCCCCCAGCGCCCCCGCGCGCCCUUCAGUCUCCCGGCCAGGGAAUCGAACGCUCGCACUGCGCCCCAACGCGCCAGCAUGUCCUCGACGGAGAGCCCCGGCCGCACCUCGGACAAGUCCCCGCGCCCGCAGGUGGACCGCCUGCUCCUGGGGCUGCGCUGGCAGCGCCUGGAGGAGCCCUUGGGCUUCAUCAAAGUUCUCCAGUGGCUCUUUGCUAUUUUCGCCUUCGGGUCCUGCGGCUCCUACAGCGGGGAGACGGGAGCCUUGGUUCGCUGCAACAACGAACCCAAGGACGUGAGCUCCAUCAUUGUUUUGUUCGGCUAUCCCUUCAGGUUGUACCAGGUCCAGUAUGAGAUGCCUCUCUGUGAUGAUGACUCCACCUCCAAAACCAUGAACCUCAUGGGAGACUUCUCUGCCCCUGCCGAGUUCUUUGUGACCCUUGGCAUCUUUUCCUUCUUCUAUACAAUGGCUGCCCUGGUCAUCUAUCUGCGCUUCCACAAACUCUACACGGAGAACAAACGCUUCCCAUUGGUGGAUUUCUGUGUGACUGUCUCUUUCACCUUCUUUUGGCUGGUUGCUGCCGCUGCCUGGGGCAAAGGCUUGACUGAUGUCAAAGGGGCCACCCGGCCAUCCAGCCUGACUGCAGCCAUGUCUGUGUGCCAUGGAGAAGAGGCAGUGUGCAGCGCCGGGGCCACGCCCUCUAUGGGGCUGGCUAACAUCUCUGUGCUCUUCGGCUUUAUCAACUUCUUCCUGUGGGCUGGAAACUGUUGGUUUGUGUUCAAAGAGACCCCGUGGCAUGGACAAGGCCAGGACCAGGGCCAGGGCCCCAGCCAGGAGAGUGCAGCAGAACAGGGAGCAGUGGAGAAGCAGUGAGCAGCCUUCAUCUGCCUGCUCCGAACUGGACAGCACCUUUUCAUCUCCUCCAGCUUCCACAGGACCUUCCUUCUCCUCUUCCUCCUCUUCUUCCUCCUCCUCCUCUUCUUCCUCUUCCUCCUCCUCCAACUCCCUUCCCCCAUCACUCUGGACUUUGAGAUUUGAGAGAAUGGAUGGGUGGGCACCAGCUGUUGAUAACCUGGCAGACCUCCACUGGCUUCCUAUCCCUCAUCCUGCUGGAGCAGCAAAUGGCAGGAUCUCAGUGCUUCUUGUCUGCUGCCUGGACUUGGGUAUCUUACUUGGGGAAGACGGCUGGCCACCUAGCCCUGAGUCCUGUGUGGAGGGCCCACCAGUGACUUAGUGACACUCAAUAGCUGUCAUCUAAUCUGUAUCCUAUAUCUAACCUCCCGCCCCCCCCCAGCCCAGUGUGCUCCCCAAUCUCUUCUCUGGCCUCUUUUCAUCCAUAGUUCCCGCCAUGUGUGAAGCAGGGAGACCGUUACCCUAUGGAGGGUCCCUCUAAGGGUCCACAUGAGGCCUGGGCCCAGUGGGAGCAGAUAGAGUUGCAAGUGUAUUGCAGCACCAAGGAAGAAAGUCAGGAAAGUUGCUGGCAGAAUAAAUUUUCUGUCCCCUCAGUCCUCCCUCUCCCUCAGCUGCAACACUUUCAGUAGUGCCCUACACUCCACUUACUCAUGAAACCCCUACUCCCUUCUCCUUCUCAGCCUUACUUUUGUCUCACACUUAGGAAACAAGAUGAAAUGGCUUUGAACAUUUCCUUUUCACUUUCCCAUCCCCAUCUCCCCUCCCCAACCUUUUGGAGAUAAGGCAUUUAAGAUCUUUUUAACAGUCUGCCCAGGCCUUCCUUUCAUUCCUGUGGGCUUUGGGAAGGCCUGAAGGACCAUCGUGAGGCUGAGAUGCCCAAGAGUCCCAGGACAUGGAUACAUGGCCUACCUGUUCCUUACCGUCUGUUCAAUUUCUCAAGCCAGUACCUUUUCUAGUUCUUUCAAACCUUUCCUUUCAUAUCUUUACAAAGAGGGUUCUCUCACCUCCAUAUGGUAGCCAGGCCCCAUCCCUUCCCCAGCCCUGGGCAGCCCGAUGCUAUUGGUGCUUCUUCACUUCGGGACCCAGUUCCAUAUUUGUCUUUGGUGUGUCUCCUCUUCCUGAAUCCUCCUGUCAUCCCUCCUUGGGCCCCAAGGCCUGAGGGUACCAACGAGGUAAAUGCCAUCUGUAUCCUACCCAGAUCAAACCCCCUUGGCCUGCCCUGACAGUAGGGCUGCUCAGGGCAAGAUGAAGAAGAAAGAAAACAGCUGUUUCCCAAUUUAGUGGCAACUGGGCCACUUAGCAUCCCAAAGAUGAACAUGCCUUGUGCCAACCUGUCCUCAAGGCACGUCUGACCCUCUCCAAUCCCCUUGCCUUCCUCAACGAUACCCACAUCAAGAUGUAUUACUUGGGUGCCCAGGGCUCAGAAUCCUUAACUUUGGGCUGUUCAUUUCUUCCUUGGGUUACAAUUCCUCCACCUCACAGAGGAAGUAUAAUAUUUACACACUUCCACAUGCUCCCCGGCCCUUCAGUAAAAGAAUUUGGAAGUUUUAUUUUCUG